UCAGCCCCGCGCGCCGCUGCAGGUGAAAUGUGUGGCGGGGCAAUGACGGAGUGUUCCCGCGAUUUUUUGACAGUCUCGCGCGCAGACUAUCACAUUAACCACCUGCCUUACUCACCCAUCACCUCACUCGACUAUCGACACCCUCAGUCCGAUCAUCUACUCGACUACAAAUUCCCGAACACACCGCAAACAUGUCUCUCGCUGGCCCCCUAGGCACAAGCAUCAACCCGGAGGAGACCGAGAACUUCGAGGAUAUCGAGAAGCAGUUUGCUGUCAAAGUUGUGCAGCAUAUGGAAACAUACUGGAAGAUCCUCGAGAAAGUACCCGGUUCCAAGCUGCGACUCACAAAGAUCGAUGACGAAAUCUACGAACACCUCAAGAAGGACUUUCCCGAAUUCGACGCGUCCGCCACACUGAACGAGGACGAGAUGAAGAGCAAGGACGGCAAGGAGCGAUGGCGCAAGUUCAUCAGUGAGUACGAGAAGAAGGUGGAGGACUACAACUUCGGCACAAUGCUCCGCGCGAGCCCCAAGAUGGAGUACAGCCAAGAAGGCACAAUUUUUGCGGUGCGCAUGCAGUUCUACGCUAUUGAAAUCGCACGCAAUCGGGAAGGCCUGAAUGACUGGAUAUACGAGAAGGCGCAGGGCAACUAG